AUGUCAUCAGCCAUUGUCACUGGUGCCACCGGCAUCCUUGGCCAAGAGAUUGUCAAGGAACUAUGCAGCAGGCCGGAAGAAUGGAGCACAAUCUACACAGUGUCUCGCUCCAAGAAGGAUGAUUUCGGCCCUCGAGUCAAGCAUACGCACCUCGAUCUGACUGCCACAGCCGACAGCAUGUUCGGUGACUUGAAGAAUGUAGAAGCUGAGUACGUCUUCUUCGCCGCAUACUUGCAGAAGGAUACCGACGAAGAAAAUACGCGUGUUAAUGGAGACAUGCUAUCUGCGUUCUGCAAGGCCCUUGAAUUGACGGGUGCGGCUUCAAAGAUCAAGCGAUUUGUUCUUGUCACUGGAGCAAAGAACUACGGUGUCCAUCUCGGCCGAGUUAAGAUUCCAAUGCAAGAAACUGAUCCACGAAUGCCCGAGCCGCCAUAUCCCCCCAACUUCUACUACCGCCAGCAAGACAUCUUAUAUGAUUUCUGUAAGAGGAACUCUGUUGAGUGGAAUGUCGCGUUUGCCAGCGAAGUCAUUGGAUAUGCGCAAGGCAAUUUUAUGAACCUUGCCAGCGCGACUGCGAUCUACGCUGUGGUAUCGAAGGAACUUGGAGACGAGUUGGUGUUCCCUGGAUCUGAGGUGUUCUACAAUAACGUCACUUGCUUUACCGAUGCGGCCUUGCAUGCUCAGUUCCUUCGAUGGAUGGCACUUGAGCCCCGCGCCGCUAACGAGGGCUUCAAUGUCGCCAACGGCGACGCCGAGUCAUGGAUGAAUUUGUGGCCUCGCGUUGCCAAGUACUUUGGCCUGAAAGUCCCUGCCGACCAAUUUUCGCGCGACGCGCCCCUAGCUUCGGAGAAGGCUCUUGUAUCGCAGCCUCCAAUGUCAGUUGUGGCCAAGGACAUUGGACUUGAGGGUCGUACUCCUCAGAGCUAUAUUCGUCAACGGGUGGAUUUGGUUAAGUGGUCGCAGACCCAAGAGGUGAAGGAUGCGUGGAAGCGCGUGGCCGUUCGCGAAGGCCUUGAUUCUGAAGCGCUCAGCAAAGCCUCUUGGGCGUUUGCCGGUUUCGCAUGGGGUCGAGAUUAUAACAAUAUUCUCAGCAUGUCAAAGUCGCGAAAGCUAGGUUGGACAGGAUAUCUUGAUACCUGGGAAAACUUCGAAAGCAUCUUCAACACACUUGAGGAUAAGAAGGUUAUUCCCAAGUACUGA